AUGUGUCUACUAUUUUCAGAAAGCCCAUGCGGUGUACCAGUGCCCGCAAAAAAACGAGUAUUAAAAUUGGUAUCUUGUUCGGAAAGGAUGUUUAUAGAAUGUCGUGGUACUCUUGCAACAUGA